AGUGUCCCCGGGAGACGGUGGCGGAGCGGACGGCGGGAGGCGAGCAGCGGGACGCGAUCCGAGUCCGGCCAUAGAGACCGAGCGGGGCGCGCGGAGCGGACGGAGCCGGUGCAUGGGCCUGGGCGCACGGGGCUGUGCGGGCCGCCGAGCCCAGACCCUCCUAGGAACGCCCGAGUGCUGGACCUCAGCAGCCAGCCAGAGCUGCCCCUGGCAUCGUCCCUGAGAGCAAGCAGAGCUUGGAAGCUGUAAGAUGGCGGACGAGGGUCUGGCCGGGCUGGACGAAGGAGCCCUGCGGAAGCUGCUCGAAGUCACACUGGACCUGGCCGAACGGCGCCGCAUCCGCUCGGCCAUCCGUGAGUUACAGCGGCAGGAGCUUGAGCGGGACGAGGGGGCCUUGGCAUCCAAGCGUUUCCGGGCAGAGCGGCUGGAGAACAAGGAGAACUGGCUGCACUCCCAGCAGCAGGAGGAGGAGCAGCAGCGGGUGGCCCUGGCCCUGCUGUCAGGCAAGCUCGAGGCCAUCAGCGAUGUGGAGGAACUGACCACCCUGCUGCGGGCGGCCGCUGAAUACGAGGAGCGGAAGCUGAUCCGAGCUGCCAUCCGCCGAGUGCGCGCCCAGGAGAUCGAGGCGGCCACCUUGGCAGGAAGGGUAUCCGGUGCCCAGGAGGACAGUGAGGGGCGGGCAGCCAGGAGGCGGGCACGCCAGGAGGCAAAGGACCAGGAACAGCAGACCGAGUGUGUGCAGACUCAGGCCCAGACCAGCCAGUGGCAAGAAGACGCCCCCGGCUCCAAGCUAGACGGCAUGGCCUCUGGGCCCCUCCUGCUGCUGGAUGCUCUGGGCCCAAGGCCCCCCAGCCUGCCCAGCCCACCCUCCACGCCUUCAUCCUCAGAGCCAGCCCAGUGCCCGGUGGAGACAGGUAGCGAGGAGGCCAGUGAGAGGCCCCCCAGCACCUCCCUGGAGGAGGAUCCAGGUCCUGCGAGUCCCCCCAGGGCUAUUAGCCCUGAGGAGCCCCAGCCUCUGCAGGCCCCCCAGAGCCCAGGACCCUUCCCAGCCCAGCCUAGGGAGCACAUGCCAGGCCAACUUCUGGGCAGCAAUGUCCAAAGUGGCAAGCUGGGCCCAGGCCAAAGACAGCAGGUGGCAGAGAGAGCAUUUGGGACCCCCGAUGCGAAGAAAGCUGCAUGGGCAUUGGCAGUGCCCUCUCUCCACAAGCCCAGCCUCACCAGCCUCCCCAGCCCGCGCUCCUGCCAACGCUCCCUGUCGUUGCUCACCCCCCGCAGGGCUGAGGCCCCAGACUUCCCCAAGGCCAGCCCCUCCCCUUUCCAGAGGACCAGCUCGGUGCGGGACCGGGUUCGCAAAUUCACAUCCUCUGAGUCACCUGCCCCCCCAGGGGCCCGGACCCCCCAGCAGCAGCGACUCCUCAGCUCCGGGGACCGGGCAGCCCCAGAACCCCACCGACCAAGUGAGCAGCGCCCUGGACUCACGAGCAGUGUGAAAGCAGAGCUGGGCCCUUCUUCCUCCUCUUCCUCCUCCUUCUCUUCCUCCCUCAUCACCUCCAAGAUCGCCGGCAGCAGCACCCGCACCUCCUCCUGGCAAGGAGAGCCCCAGAUUGUCAGAGUGGGGGCCAGGGAUCGGGAUUGCCCUAAAGAGGAGGGCCCAGGGGGGAGGAGCCUGGCCACGUCACAGGGGAGGCCCCUUGAAAACGGAGAGAGGGGGCCCCCACUGGGCUCAGAGGAGCCCAGCACCCUGCCCGUCGCUGCCAGGCAGGCUGAGCAGGGCAGCCGGACCCCGCAACCCCGAACCGCUGAGGAGGCCAGCAUGAAGACCACCUUCACCAUCGAGAUCAAGGAUGGCCGAGGCCAGCCCAUCAGCAGCCGAGUGCUGGGCCCCGUGGGCAACCAGAGGGCAGAGCUGACACUGGGGCUCAGAGGCACCCCCGUCCACUUUGGCGGCGGCAGCACCGGGAUGGGCACCGUCAGGCAUGUCAGCACCCCCAGGACCGUCAGCAUCCCUGGGACCGUCACACACGUCAGCACCCCCAGGACCAUCAGCAUCCCCGGGACCGUCACACACGUUAACACCCCUGGGACCGUCAAGCACGUCAGCACCCCCGGGACCGUCACUCAUGUGGGCAGCACCAGCCAUGUCUCCAGUGGGGGUCACACCAACAAGAUGGAUGCAGAGGCAGUGGUGGAGACCCCCACCGUGGUGCAGCUGGAAGUGGACGUGGCCAACGGCACAGAGAAGAGCCGGCCAGGGAAGGAGCCGGAGCCCCAGCCUCAGAGCAAGCUGCGCCCGGAGGAGUUGGCCGCCAUAGAAGAUGAGACUGUCCUGGACAGGAUGCUGGACCAGACCACAGACUUUGAGGAGAGGCGGCUGAUCCGGGCUGCCCUUCGGGACCUCCGGCAGAGGAAGAGAGACCAGCGGGACCGAGAAAGGGAGCGGCGCCUCCAGGAAGCCCGGGCGCGGCCAGGGGAGGGCCGGGGCAGUACCGCCACAGAGACCACCAUGCAGCAGAGCCAGAAGUCAGCUGAUGGCUCAGCUGUGAGGACCGUCACCAAGACAGAGAGGCUCAUCCACUCUAGCGAUGGCAGCCAGACCUCCCGGACCACCACAGUGGAGUCGAGCUUUGUGAAGCGAUCUGAGAACGGCGGCAGCAGGACAGUGGUCCAGACCAAGUCUUUCACUUCUUCAUCCAAGAAGACGGGCAGUAUCUUUGACCGUGAGGAUGAGACAGCGUCAAGGGCCGGCAGCCUGGCGGCCCUGGAGCGGCGCCAGGCCGAGAAGAAGAAGGAAUUGAUGAAGGCCCAGAGCCUGCCCAAGACAUCUGCAUCCCAGGCCCGCAAGGCCAUGAUCGAGAAGCUCGAGAAGGAGGGCAGUGGCGGAGGGGGAGGCAGCGGCCCUGCUGGCUCGCGGGGGGCCAUACAGCGCUCUUCCAGUUUUGGGGUCCCCAACGCCAACAGUAUCAAGCAGAUGUUAUUAGACUGGUGCCGAGCAAAGACCCGAGGCUACGAGCACGUCGACAUCCAGAACUUCUCGUCCAGCUGGAGUGACGGCAUGGCCUUCUGUGCACUGGUGCACAAUUUCUUCCCUGAGGCCUUCGAUUAUGGCCAGCUGAGCCCCCAGAACCGGCGUCACAACUUUGAGGUGGCCUUUUCGUCAGCAGAGGUGCUGGUGGAUUGCGUGCCCCUGGUGGACGUGGAAGACAUGAUGAUCAUGGGCAAGAAGCCAGACCCCAAGUGCGUCUUCACCUACGUGCAGUCCCUUUACAACCACCUGAGACGGCAUGAGCUGCGUUUACGGCAAAAAGAACUCUAGGGUGUCCCCAUCGUCCCCGUGUGCCUGCCCCCCCAGAGCAGAGGAGGCCUUCCCCUGCCCUUCUCCCCCCGUGUAUGGAUAAAGAAAGGCUCACAGGACGGCACGCUACUUCCCUGGCACCGGCACCCCCUCACCGCACUGCUGUGCCACCCCACAGCUCCAGCGCCCGCUACUCACAGCGUUUCACUGUGUUUUUAUAAAUUAUUCGUUCUCAGCC